AUGCUGCUGGAGUACUCGCUGUACUACUACCUGGACCAGGACAGGGAGCGUGGGCUCAGCUACAUCAACAGCACCGUCGGCGCCAACAUCAAGUCGCAGACGACGAUCAGCGUCACGGGCAUGCAGUACCGCUUCCUGGACUCGCAGCUGCUGGAGCUGGCCCGAAAGUUCCGUGUGUAUGUUCGCAAGCCCAGCGCGGAGGACAGGGACGCGUGCGCCUCGAGCGUGCCCGUGACCGUGGAGGGCAUGCAGCGGCAGCUGACGGCGUUUGACAACGCGGUGCAGGACACGCUCAAGGAGUACCUGUGCCACGUGCUCAGGCUGCCGGUCAUUGACACAUCGCACGUGCCGGACAUGUCUGAGUCGGACGUCACCUUCCUGAAGCGCAAGCUGUUCAACUACCUGACCAAGGCCAGCCGCACGGUGUGCCGCAGCAAGGACGACGUGGUGAGCUAUGUUGCGCCGCAGGACACGGUCAUCCCGACGACGGAGUCGACGUUCCGCACCAUUGCCCACAUCCGGCCCACACGCUACGUGUGCCAGGUGCCCAUGUCCGUGGCCAAUGAGCUGGUUGCUGGACAGCGAGCUGAAGCGGCUGCGCAAGAAGGCGUUGGUGCUGAUGCCGGUUAUACCGCAAGCACGGGCGCUGCUUCUGCCACUGCAAAUGCUUCUGCUGGCACUGCUGUUGCUAUUUCCACUGCUUCUUCUGCUGCCGGCGGCGAUGGGCCUGUCGACCUCAGUGCCCACGCAGUGCUCGAAGGUCCGCGCAAGGAAGUGGCGGCGGCGUCGAAGGUGCUGUUGCUGACCACAUGCGAGAGGCUGUUCCCGGCCAAGGUGAAGCAGGCCGUGUGGGAGGUGGAGCUGUACCAGUAUCACACCAUCAGCGAGACGCUGCCGGCUGUGCAGCUGCGCGCGGAGAUUCGCGAGGGAAGCAUCAUCAACGCCCGCGACAUGAACGCCGAGAGGAGCGGGCCCCCUGCGGUACAACGAGGCGCGCGUGACCACGUCCGCACGGUGACGCAGACGGCUGCGGACCUGACGACGGCGUACCGCGCGCUGCUGACGACGGCGCGGGACAACAAGAUUCGCUCGCUUGCCACGUGCGCGCUCGGGUGCGGCGCCUUCCGCUGCUCCCCAUACGCGUCUGCACGCGCGCUGUUUGAGGUGAUUGACGAGGUGGACCGCGACGGCACGUUCGACGUGAGCAUGCUGUCGGCGUUUAAGCAGCCGUUUGAGAAGUACUAUGGCGAGAAGGUGGGCAGCGGGCUGUAUGAGGACCUGCAGCGCAGCACACUGGAUGCGCCGGUCAACGAGAUGCCAGCUGACACCAUCCACGUGGGGCCAACGUACACGGUGCCGCCCUCCAAGGCGGAGCUGGACAACAAGGCCGCGUGGAACGGGUUUACACAUGACGCGACGCUGCUGAUUGAAAACGCCUUCAACAAGUACCGGGCUGCCAUCGCUGCCAAGCGCAAGCGCAGCAAUGCUGACAACGAUGAUGAUGAUGAUGAUGAUGAUGAUGAUGAUGAUGAUGAUGAUGAUGAUGAUGAUGAUGAUGAUGAUGAUGAUGAUGAUGAUGAUGAUGAUGAUGAUGAUGAUGAUGAUGGUGAUGGCGAUGAUGGCAGUGUCGGCAAGCACAGGGGUGUCGGUGCUGGCGGCGUUGCUGCGGAGCAUGCGCGCGAGAUGCCCAAGGAGAUGCCCAAAGCCGUGCGGGCGCUUCCCUGA